AUUAUUGCAAAAUCACAUUGCAAUAUAAAUAAUAAUCUUUUAUGGCGCGUGUUACGAGGAUGGCUUUGGAUGUAGCGCUUUCAACAAGUAAAGCUUUAAAGCCGGCUAUUGGAACUGCUUGGCAAUAUGCAAAAGUUGAGAUGAUUCCUCCUAUGACGUCACAAAUUUUUCAAGGGCCCUUCGGAAAACGUCUUGAAAACGCUGCUUCUAGUGUGGCUGAUAAUUUCAUUGCAAAUGUCAGUCAAAAAAUAAAAGAUAUUGAAGAAGAAAAGGCCCGCAUUAUUAGAGAAAAAGAAGCUGCCAUUAAAGCUGCUGCCGAAAAAGCUAAGGCAGCGGCUAUCCAGAAAGCUGAGGAAAAUAAGCGACUUGAGGCAGACAAAGCAGCAGCAGCAGCAAAGAAGGCUAAAAAAGAAGUGGAACAGAAAAAUUUUAAAACUGAGGCACCUAAAGAAAAAGCUGAAGUAAAGGCAACUCAGACCAAAACAGAAUCCAAAAAGAAAACAAACAGAGUGGAUGCAAAGACAAAAAAGGUUAAAAAGAAGACAAGACGCGAGGUUAAAAAGGGUUCUGCACCUAAACCUAAAAAGUAAUACCCGUGAAUGCUGUUCAAAUGUUUUAGCGAGUAAAACAUUGAAAAUUUAUGAACAGUUACAAGAUGAAUGUAUUUAUUCAUUUUUUGUACAGUAUGAGUGAAUAAAAUGAUUGUAAUUAUGAGUUCA